UGCAGUAAACCAUAAUAAUAUUGUGAUUGUAGGUAGUGUAGCCCGGGAGCAUAACAAUCACAUUAUUACUUUGAUGGUGUAAACGAUCACGGCGCAGCUUUUUGCGUUUGGGGAAAAAAAACUGUUUGCGGAUCAUUUUAACAGAUAUCAGUUUGUUGUUUUCGGAGCGACUGGUGCUAUCUGCGUAGUAGCUGUUACAUCAGAUAGACAGCGACGAAAGUGGAAUGGAUGCUUCGAUGGAGCAGAUGGUGUAGAACCAGCUAAUUCCAGACAAUUUGGUAGCCUGAUAAUUGCGAAUGACGAUUGGUACCACCAAACAACGCAAGGCUGCAAAGUUUCCAUAGCUGUGACGCUCUUGUGAGACUGCAUGGUUACUGGAGAGUUUUUUUACAGAAGAGGAAUUUUAAAAUGUUGAAAGGAUUACGAGUUGUUCGAGGCCGGGAUUGGAGAUGGGACGACCAGGAUGGGGGGAAGGGCAGCGUUGGAACGGUCGUCCCUUCUCAGGUGAAAGAAAGAACCAGCGGAGCAUGGGUGCGCUGGGACAGUGGUAGGGCAGCAAAUUACCGAGCAGGCGGUACCAAGUUCGAUCUAAGAAUUUUCGACAACGCGCAAGUAGGUGUAAAGCAUCCAGGCGUAAUGUGUGACGUCUGCAACUCAAACAACAUUGUUGGGAUACGCUGGAAGUGUAAACAAUGUCACGAUUAUGACCUAUGUCAUAUUUGUUACAAUGAAGAUAAACACGAUCUGACCCAUUGCUUCUCCAGGAUUGACGCUUACCACAUCCAGGGUGUCGAAGUGCCCCCACGAUCGAAAUCGACUAAAUGCAAAGCCUUGGGCAUGUUCCCGGGUGCCCGAGUGAUGAGAGGGCCCGAUUGGGAAUGGAAAGACCAAGAUGGUGGAGAAGGCACUGUAGGCGUGGUGUGUGAAUUGGACCAAAGCCCUGGCUCCUACCGGUCUUGGGUCAAAGUUCAAUGGCCAAGUAAAUCCAUGAACUCGUACCGAUGUGGCAAGGAUGGUAAGAUAGAUCUACGGUGUUCAGAGAGAGAGACGUGCGGUGAUUUCUACAUCGAUCAUCUCCCAAACCUUGAUGGAACCAGAGUCCGCCCAUACGUUGAAGCGGGAGACAAAGUUCGUCUGAUCGACAUGGACUACGAUAAACUAAAGGAAUUGCAGACCAUACGCUGUGGCUGGAAAGAAGAAACUGCUAAAUUCAGAGGGAAAGUCGGCGAGGUCACUUUGGUUGACAAAGACGGCGAUAUCAAAGUUGAUUUCGGAGGGUCACCAUCCUUCAUCAAUCCCCAAUGCCUUAUAAUGGAAGAGAGGAAAUGUUCUAAAUCUAGUGAAGAUGUAGAAGUCAAAGACCUGGACGGUUUGUUGGAGUUGUUAGUGAAGUCACAGCUUGGUGAGAUGGGCGGCCUGCUGGACGACGCGGAACCCAACGGUGGAGCUGUUCUCUUUCACGCAGCAGCAAACGGGAAAACAGAGAAAGUGAAAGAAAUUAUCAAAAACAACCCAAGUGCCAUGAAGUACCAGAACCCUGCGAAGCAAACGCCGUUGCAAGUUGCCGCGUAUCGGGGACACACUGACAGUGUAAUUGCUCUGGUGACCGCUAAGGCACCCCUCGAGUCAAAGGAUGACGAUGGCGACACGGCAUUAAUGUUCGCAGUUAUUGGCAAAGAGCCAGAGAUUGUUAGUUUCCUUUUACUGAGUGGAAGUUACAUCAAUGCAUCCAAUAAAAAAGGUCUGACUGCUCUACAUCUUGCUGCUGCCAAAGGUCACCCGACAUGCGCAGAAGUGCUUCUCAAGCACGAGCCAAGCACGUGCUAUGUCAACAUUAAGGACAACGAUGGGAACACACCACUCAUGGUGGCUUUUAUUAAGAAAGACAAACAGAUAACAUCGAUGUUGCUACGACACCCUAAGAUAGAUCUAAAGUUGCUGAACAAGAAUGGAUUCAACAGCCUACACUUUGCAGCAAUUAUUGGAAAUUCUUUUGCCGUUGAUAAGAUCUUGGAAGUAGCACCUGGUAUGAUUAAUCUUCAGAAAGAUGACGGGUUCACUGCAUUGCAUCUAGCCGCCCUCAACGACCACAUAGAAAUCACCACGACACUGGUUAAACGGGGUGACUGCAACAAAGAGCUGAAAAACGUAAAUGGUCAGACAGCACUGCACCUAGCAGUAACUAAGUCUAACAACAAGUGCAUUGAGGCACUGGUGAAUAAUGGCGCAGAUGUCAACGCAAAGGACAAAGAUGGUGAUACCAGCCUACACCUUGUCAUGGUCAAGGCAUCCAUGAAAGAUAUCUUGGGAACAAGCGAUCUCGGGCAGUUGAUGGAGCUCAUAAAUAGAUCAGGAGGAGCAGGGGAGUCAAAAGAUGAGAAAUCAAACCUCGUUGCCAUAGCAAUCUAUCUCAUCAAAAAUGGCGCAGACAUCCACAUCAAAGACCAUGGAGGGCGUGACGUCAUGGACGUCACCCUUAACCCUGCCAUAAAGAACUUGCUGAGGGAACAGGACCAGAAAACAAGGACUAUGAAGAUGUUCAAGAAUAAAAAUGACGCAUGCAAAGUGAGCUGAUUUGAUGGAAAAUCAAAUCCUUUACGAUUUGGACCGACUGAACAAAAGCACCUUGGAACUAAGACAGGUAACCACAAUUAUUCAAUUUCACAGAAAUGAAAACUCAUUGUAGUUAUACUAAGCCUGCCUGCAAAAAUGUAAUCAUGUGUUCUCUACAUACAAUGUAUUUAACAAUUAAAAGUAAAUCAUGACUUUUCUCUUUACAAAUUUUAUUUACAAAACAAUAUGUGGUAAAAUUGAACACUUUGAGAUAAAUGUGUUUGCAUUUAUUAUGAUUGCUUUCAACUUUUAUGCUGUAAUUGUGAUAUUUUGUAUUGCUUUGUGAUCUUUCUUUCGUCGAUAUACUCACUGGUGUGACAAGAAUGAAGAAGGAAAGAAAGAAGUUAUCAUGUAAAAAUUUCUUUGCGAGGCUAGUGUGUUAGUGAAAACAAUAAAAUGGUACUCGUUAUAUUUGUGCGGUGGCAGUUAACAGCCGUUAUACUUAAACGAGCCUACGAAAGUACGCCAUUCUCUUAUACAGACGGCUGUUCAUUUUUUGAAAAACUCAAUAAGAUGGUGACACCUCCACCCCCCCCCCUUUUCUUUUGAGAUUAAUAGGUCAGAAUAAAAUUGUAUUAUUCUAUGCGCUUUAAUUCGAUAAUUGCAAUAAUUGUCAAACAGUUUAGUUUACACACAGACAAUGUAUAGUUUCUUUAUUAAACGUUUAUAUCUUAUACGGAAA